CUCUGCGCCCAGAGGAGACAGCGCACACAGACUGCUCCAGUGCGAAGAGACACACUCAGAGUUGGACAGGAGUAAGAAAUAAUAAUAAAAAAGGAAGAUAAACACUCCUCUGGCAUCAUGACGCUGCGGGACGAGCUUUUAAAGUCAAUAUGGCACGCGUUCACAGCUCUGGAUGUGGACAAAAGCGGGAAAGUCUCCAAAUCUCAGCUCAAAGUGCUUUCUCAUAACUUGUGCACGGUGUUGGGGAUCCCACACGACCCGGUGGCGCUGGAGGAACAUUUUAAGGACGAUGACGAGGGUCCUGUUUCCAAUCAGGGGUACAUGCCGUACCUCAACAAGUUCAUCCUGGAUAAGGCGAAGGAUAACUUUGACCGUCAGGACUUCAAUAAAAUGUGCUGGACGUUGUGCUUUAGGAAGAACCUGGGUCAGAAAAAGCUCUUCAUCUCCAACGACGACGCCUUCAAGAUAUGGUGCAUAUUCAACUUUCUCUGUGAGGACAGAUACCCGCUGGUCAUCGUCACAGAGGAGAUCGAGUAUUUCUUGCGUAAGCUGACGGAGGCGAUGGGAGGAAGCUGGGUGGAGGAGCGCUUCGAGGACCUGAAGCUGGAGCUGAGCUCCAAGCAGCAGUGUCUGAAUGUGUGGGACCUCAUCACGCUGGUGGGCUCAGGCCAGUUCAGCAAGGGCAUGGACCAGCCGACGCUGUCCAUGGGCAUCAGCGAGGUCUACCAGGAGCUCAUCCUGGAUGUACUCAAACAGGGAUAUAUGAUGAAGAAAGGCCACAAGAGGAAGAACUGGACAGAGCGCUGGUUUGUGCUGAAGCCUGGCUUCAUUUCGUAUUAUGUGGGCGAAGACCUCGCGGAGAAGAAAGGAGACAUCCCAUUGGACGGAUCCUGCAGUGUGGAGUCCUUACAAGACAAAGAGGGAAAGAAGUGCCUCUUCCUCAUCAAGUCGUCUCAUAAAAGCUUCGAAAUCAGCGCAUCGGACAAGAAGAAGAAGCAGGAGUGGAUCCAGGCGAUUCAGAUGUGCGUGAAUCUGCUGCGUCUGAGCCGGCCUGCGCCGCACCACGAAGCCCGACAGAAGCGGCGAGACCUGCGGCUCAGGCAGCAGGCGGAGCAGGAGGAGCUGGAGCUCAGGAUGAGGGAGCUGCAGACGGCAAACGAGGCCAAGCAGUCUGAGCUGGAGAACAUGAGGAAGGCUCUGGAGGAGGCAGCAGCAAACGCAGCGGAGGAAGAGAAAAAACGCCUUUUGACUCACACCGAACUUCAGGACCGCUACAGGACGGAGCUUGAGAGAGAAAAAAUGGUACGGCAGCAGAUGGAGGAGCAGGUGGCUCAGAAGUCCACUGAGCUGGAGCAGUACCUGCAGAGGGUCCAGGAGCUGGAGGACAUGUACCAUAAGCUGGAGGAGGCUUUGGAGGAGGAGAGGCGGGCCAGGCAGGAUGAGGAAACCGUUCGUAAGCUGCAGGGACGGUUGCUUGAAGAGGAGGCUGAGAAGAGAUCCGAGCUGGAGCAGAUCCACCUGCGUCAGCAGCGGGCCAUCUCUGAGACCGAGGCGGAGAAACAGGAGCUGGAGAAGGAGCGGCUGGCCAAGGAGAGCGCCCUGCAGGCCGCCAUGAAACAACUGGAAGAGCUGGAGCAAGAGAGGCAAGGAGCGCUGGAGCAAUACCAGACGGUGAUGAAAAAGCUGGAAGAUGCAACUAACAACACCAAGUCAUGGAAGCACAAAGUGGCUCAGCAUGAAGGGAUGCUGCGCCUCAUCCAACCAGGCUCCAAGGGGCCACAGAACAUCACCAACUGGGGCCCGGCAGCCUUCUCUGAUGUGGAGCUCAACCUGCGGGAGAAGCAGUGGCAGGAGAUGAAGAACCAAGCCGCACAGGCCCAGUGAAGCUGCCGCGAGAACUCGGCCUCAAACAGGUCACUAACUCAGAAGGCUGGUUAGACGUGUUCAGUAAAACAAACGUAUAGUGACUGAAAUCAAACCUGGUGGCUGGAUUUUCCAACGGGAUACAAAUACCUGGUUUACUAGCAAACUGGGGCAUUUUUAAAUUAGGGCAUUAAUUAACUGAUUAGCUUGGUUCCUUUAAAUAAAUCUUUAGUGUUGUCCAGCUAUAGACUAACCAGCCGUACUGUCAGUGUACAACACUAAAGACUAGAGCUGUAGUUUAAACAUGAUGCGCCAAGUUUAACUUGAAUCCAGUAAAGAAUCCAGACGUCUGUGACAGCGGUGAGGAAACGCUGGAACACAGGCAGUCACAAGGGUCUAGUUAAAGGCUGUAAAUACAACAGAGCUGUUAUGUUAAUGCUGUAGAUAUGACGUCAUUAAUCUGAGAUAUCGCCACAAAAAUACAAUACAAAACUGCAUCAUCCUGCUCCUCAGUUUCUUCUAGUGAUUUAUUCUGAUCCGUUGUCCUGCACAGAAACAGGAAAAGCACACUAAUACAUUGAUAUCAAUACAACAAGCAGACAUUUUUAUUGUGGGUAUUCUUUUUUUGUUUGUCUUUACAGUGUGCGGUCUGCAUUUGUCUGUGCUUCUGGUGCGCAUGGAGUAGCGUAGUCUUAAAAAUGACAACCUUAGAAAAGAUUCUGCCUUUACUUUGAGUCUAAGUGGGGAAAUAAAUCACACCUGAAGAAAAAAUGUUUGCAUUAAAUCACUGGUGGCGCAAUUACUGAUGCUCCUGUUCUGGAGAAACUCUCUUUGCCUGCAGGACCGAAACUUCUUCUAAUGCAACGUUUGACCAAAAUGGAGCAAACAGACAGAGGGGUGUUGAUGGUUGUUUAUCUAGAUUUCCCUGAAUCGACUCUUAGGCCAGACAGCGGGCGAUCAUAUGAAGGUGAUGCAAGUAUUCUUUGGGAUUAAUAAAGUACGGUUGAAUUGGGUUGAAUUUAUAUUAUGGAAUACUAUUUAGAAGUCCCUUAAAUCUCAAAGGAUGCAUUAAACAUCUUUCAGCUACAUCUAUUUAAAAUGAAUUUUGAGAGACACUGAAAUUGUGCAACCUCAUGAUUUUAAUUCCAUUUUGCUUUUAGAGCUUUCCUCUCGGAUUAUUGCCGUCAAAAGGUUUGAAACGUUUCAGGGACAAAUUGUGCUAGAGCCACCAGUAAACUGUGGCUGUGACUGUAAACUCAUUUAGGAGCAACGAACAACGAGCCAGUUGAUCUGCCCAUCCGCUUCCCGUAACGUUGUUAGUUGUUUGUACAAUAUUUUAUCAGCACGUAUUGUCAAAUUGAUUGAUUUAUGAUGUGCAGCUGGUUAAAGGGGGAUGUUGGUUUAUGUCAUCCGAUGAGGGAACAGAUUCUCUGCUCGUACUUAAACAAGGCACUGCUUUUACCCUGAUACUCAAGCAAACAAAAGGCUCGUAGUUCAAGCUGUUAAAAGUACAUUUUGUACCUUUUGUGUCAAAACGGUCAGAAGCUGAAUCUGUCCCUGGACUCUCUCGGACCAUUUUAAUAUGAAGAUGAGACAUUUAGUCAUUUUAGCCGGCGUCCACUACCAGCAGGACUUCUAACUGCUGGAUGUCUCUACUGCACUCAUAAUGUCCUGAUUAACUCCUGUGAUUGUUGUUGUUGUUGUUGUUUUUUUGAUAUAUGCAUUUGUAAAAAGCUGGAGACCGAGCUGUGUAAUAAAAACUAUUUCUAAUUAUGCUCUGAUUGAGUUGUGGAAUCAAAUUUUUCUCUCUUCAUCCCAACAUCGUUUCCAUUGCGCAGCAGUUUUCAUUAUAGACUUUCCUUCAGCUGAGGCCUGUGAUUAAGAGAGCUGCCAACAGGGGGCGCCAGGUUCAAUAAUAAACAUAGCCAACGCAACAAUCAGUUCUGUUGCUCUGUUGUUAAUAAAAGAUGAAUCCUU